AAUUGAAUGGUUAUCCAAAGAUCUCUCUCACCUAAUAAUAAUCUUAAGAUGACACAAAUCCAAAAAAAUUAAAAUCACAAUUUUGCCAAUUUAAAUACUUUGCUUUGUCUAUUCUUGGUAGGUUUUGUUCUUCUCUCUUCCGUUCACACAAUUUUCUUGGCGAUCACGAAAGACAAAAAAGAAAAGGAAGAAAACAAGAGAUUUCACCGCGAUCAAAUCGAUUCCAUUGCGCGUGUAACCGCAAUGCGAAAUUGGGAGAACCCGUUUACGCUUGCGUGUAACACGGCGUUGAAGAAGAAUCUACAUUCUUGCAUUUUUCUCAUCAUCUUUAUCAGCGUGUUAUGUCCGGUCGCAAUGUCUCAGGUGGUUGUGCCGGAUUCAGAUGCAGAUUGUCUCUUGAGAUUCAAAGAUACAUUAGCAAAUGGUUCAGAAUUUACUAGUUGGGAUCCAUCAACAUCACCAUGUCAAGGAAAUACGGCAAAUUGGUUUGGUGUUCUUUGUAGCAAUUACGUUUGGGGAUUACAACUCGAGGGAAUGGGUUUGGCUGGGAAAUUAAACCUUGACCCAUUGGUUCCUAUGAAGAAUCUGCGAACCAUAAGCUUCAUGAACAAUAACUUCAAUGGUCCAAUGCCUCAAGUUAAGAGGUUUACUUCGCUGAAAUCUUUGUAUUUGUCUAAUAACCGGUUUUCGGGGGAGAUACCCGCGGAUGCAUUUCUAGGUAUGCCACUUUUGAAGAAAAUUUUGCUGGCGAAUAACGCGUUCCGAGGAACAAUUCCUUCUUCUCUAGCCUCUCUGCCAAUGCUUUUAGAGUUGAGGCUAAAUGGUAAUCAAUUUCAAGGGCAAAUACCAUCUUUUCAACAAAAGGAUCUUAAACUAGCUAGCUUUGAAAACAAUGACCUUGAUGGACCGAUACCCGAAAGCCUUCGAAACAUGGAUCCAGGGUCUUUUGCAGGUAACAAAGAUUUGUGUGAUGCUCCCUUAAGUCCAUGUUCCCCUUCCUCUCCGGGAGUUCCUGUUGUUCCGGUAUCUCCUGUUGAUCCAAAAUCUACUUCUCCUCCCACGGGGAAAAAGACUGGAUCUUUUUACACUCUAGCAAUCAUUUUGAUUGUUAUUGGCAUAAUACUAGUGAUCAUCGCGCUUGUGUUCUGUUUCGUUCAAACAAGAAGACGAAAUUUAUUGUCAGCUUAUCCUUCUGCGGGAAAAGAAAGGAUAGAGAGCUAUAAUUAUCAUCAAUCCGCAAACAAGAACAAUAAACCUGCGGAAUCCGUUGUGAAUCACACAAGGAGAGGAUCCACGCCUGAUCCAGGAGGAAGGCUUCUAUUUGUACGAGACGACAUUCAAAGGUUCGGUCUUCAAGAUCUUUUGAGAGCUUCAGCUGAAGUUCUUGGUAGUGGAACAUUUGGUGCUUCAUACAAAGCAGCGAUAUCUAGUGGACAAACAUUGGUUGUGAAGAGGUAUAAACAUAUGAACAAUGUCGGAAGAGAUGAGUUUCAUGAGCAUAUGAGGCGGUUAGGGAGAUUAAACCAUCCGAAUAUAUUGCCUCUCGUCGCUUACUAUUACCGUAGAGAAGAGAAGCUUCUAGUCACUCAAUUUAUGCCUAAUAGUAGCUUGGCAAGCCAUCUUCAUGCGAAUCAUUCCGUUGGAUUGGAUUGGAUAACACGUCUAAAGAUCAUAAAAGGAGUAGCAAAGGGUUUAGCUUACUUGUUCGACGAGCUACCAACACUAACAAUCCCUCAUGGUCAUAUGAAGUCAUCGAAUAUUGUUUUAGACGAAUCAUUCGAGCCAUUGUUAACAGAUUACGCUCUAAGACCGGUGAUGAGCUCAGAGCACGCACAUAACUUCAUGACAGCUUACAAAUCGCCAGAAUAUAGGCCCUCGAAAGGACAAAUCAUAACGAAGAAGACCGAUGUUUGGUGUUUUGGUGUGUUGAUCUUGGAAGUUUUGACAGGGAGAUUCCCUGAAAAUUACUUAACGCAAGGUUAUGAUUCGAACAUGAGUCUUGUGACUUGGGUUAACGAUAUGGUUAAGGAGAAGAAAACAGGUGACGUGUUCGACAAGGAAAUGAAAGGAAAGAAGAAUUGUAAAGCGGAAAUGAUUAAUUUGUUGAAAAUUGGUUUGAGAUGUUGCGAAGAAGAAGAAGAGAGGAGAAUGGACAUGAGAGAAGUUGUGGAGAUGGUUGAGAUGUUGAGAGAAGGAGAAUCUGAAGAUGAUUUUGGUUCUAUGGAUCAUCGAGGGACUCAUAAUAAUUUAUAUUCAUCCAUGUUGUUAGACGAUGAUGACUUUGGUUUCUCGAUGAACCGAUGAGUUUCAGAUUUUCGGUUUAUUUUAGGAAUAUUGAAAAAGUUUCAAAAAAAGAGGUGAAUAUUCCGGCAGAAGUAGCUUCACCGGAGCCGGAGAGAAGAAUGAAGAACAUGUGCUUGGUUUUUCUUCUUUUUAUGGUUAAUGCAGAUAAGAAAAUGUAUGAGCAAUU